AUGGCGGCAAACUCCCAUCUCCGCGCGGAUCUGGUGGCGAAAGCCCAUCUCCGCGCGGAUCUGGUGGCGAAAGCCCAUCUCCGCGCGGAUCUGGUGGCGAAAGCCCAUCUCCGCGCGGAUCUGGUGGCGAAAGCCCAUCUCCGCGCGGAUCUGGUGGCGAAAGCCCAUCCCCGCGCAGAUCUGGUGGCGAAAUCCCAUCUCCACGCGGAUCUGGCGGCGACAUACCAUAUCCGCGCGGAUCUGGUGGCGAAAUCCCCGUUCCGCGCAGAUAUGGCGGCGAACUUUGACCCCUCCCCUCUCAAGUCCUUCUCCCACUGGCCGCUCUCCAGCUCCCACCCGCUUCUCACAGCCGGCUCAACCCGUCGCAACCGCUCGUCCCUCUCCCUCACCACGCUCUCCGACCUCAACGCUGCCGCCCUCGCGCUGCACCCCACCCCCUUCGCCCUGCUCACCCCCGCCACGCCCUCCUCCCCCUGCCGCCCCUUCUCCUUCUCCACCUCCUUCACCUUCCGCAUCUCCUCCCCCAACGCCGCCGGGCUGGGCGGCGAGGGCUUGGCGUUUGUGAUGCUGCCGUCUCCCACUCUUGGCUUGCCGGGGCCCUCCCUGGGGUACGGCCGCCUGCUGCUGCCCCCGGGGAGCACGACCGGUGCUGAUGACUCGCAGGUACGCGCAUCUCAUCAGCACCAGCAGUGUUCCAUUUCAGGUACGUGUCAUCUCACGUACGUGUCAUCUCAGCAGCACAGGAGCCUGGCAGUGGAAUUCGACACAUCCUCUUCUCCUGAAUUCUUCGACCGCCCCGACCACCACGUGGGGAUGAACCUGCACGGCAGCAUGCUCUCUCUCGCCUCUGCCCCCGUGCACCCCCUCGGCAUUCCCUCCCUCAACGCCGGCCAGACCCUCCUCGCCACCAUCCAGUACAACGCCUCCUCCUCCCACCUCACCGUCUGGCUCUCCCCUGCCCCCUCCUCCUCCCCCCCCCCCUCCACCCCUCGCUCCUCCUGUCGCUUUCCUUGCUUCCCUGGUUUCCCCCGGUUCACUCGCUCUCCCUCCCCCUCCUCCUCCUCUUCCUCCUCCUCCCACUCCGCCCCCUCUCUCCCGCGCUCGGCCGUGCUCACCACAUUCGUGGACACCUGCGAGUGGCUGGGGGGGAACGACCCGGAGGCAGCGGCGCCCCCCCCGCCGCUGUUUGUGGGAUUCACAGCGGCCACGGGCAAGGGGGCGGAGCAGGCUCAGGCGCACGAGGUGCUGGGGUGGAGCUUCCAAGUCGGGGAGGGUGAGUUCCAAGUCGGGGAGGGUGAGUUCCAAGUCGGGGAGGGUGAGUUCCAAGUCGGGGAGGGUGAGUUCCAAGUCGGGGAGGGUGAGUUCCAAGUCGGGGAGGGUGAGUUCCAAGUUGGGGAGGGUGAGUUCCAAGUCGGGGAGGGUGAGUUCCAAGUCGGGGAGGGUGAGUUCCAAGUCGGGGAGGGUGAGUUCCAAGUCGGGGAGGGUGAGUUCCAAGCCGGCAAGGCAGCGGAGGAUCCGCUUCCGUUUUGGGCGGCAGACUCGUUCUCCUUCCCCUACAUCACGCCAGCCACUCCCUUGCUGACACGUGGCAGCACACGGAAGCGUUUCUUCGCUGCCGAUCUCUCCGUCGAUGCUGAUGUGGCAUCCAUCGGCCAAUCAAACAAUCCCGCCCCUGGAGCCAUCUUCUUCCCCUGCCACUCUGACUUCUGCACCCACUCUCCCGUGCUCCCCUGCGGCAUGGGCACAUGCUCUAUUCCUCGACUCAAAAGCUUUCCCGCACACCCGUCCCCACCCCCCUGGGCAGACACUGACUACUGCAACCAUUCUCCCGUGCUCCCCUGCGGCAUGGGCGCAUGCUCUAAGGCGCGCUCCCCGUGGGACCCCUCUGUCCUGCUGCCGUCCUGCAAGUGCCCCUUGAAGCUCCCCUCCUUCGAGCCCACUCACCUUGCCGGCCUGCCCUCCUGCUUCCCUGGUGAGCCAUGGAGUGCAAUAGGCGAGCUCCCCUCCUUCGAGCCCACUCACCUCGCUGGCCUGCCCUCCUGCUUCCCUGGUGAGACAUGGAGCGCGCCCAAUGUUGCCUUCAUGCCUACUCUACUCCGCUCCUACAUACGAUUUUUGAGGCGCCUCAAAAAUCAUAUUGAGGCGCCUCAAAAUGUUGCCGUCAUGCCUACUCUACUCCGCUCCUACAUGCAUACCCCACUGCUGAGGUGGAUGGGACUUACUUUUGCUCUUCCCCCUUCCACUGUAUCCCCCCAAUCCCCUCCCCUUCCCUCGUUCUCUUCCCCCUCCCCCCCCUUCUUGCUCUUUCCUCCCCCUCUUCCACCAUCCUCAAUUUCUACUCUCCCCUCUCCCCACCCCACCGUCCCCUCAUCAGAGGCUUACACGUGUCGCCAGCUCUCCUCCAACCCCUGCGCCCCAGGAGUGUGCAUCGAUGGCAUAGAUGGCGCCUACUCCUGCCUCUGCCCUUCACCGUACUUCCCCUUCACCUUUUCUCCCAAGGGCACUGCCAGUUGCUCCCUGGUGCAAGCAGAUGGCAUGCGAAUACCAACCUUCCUGUCCCACUUUGGUCUCACGUGCUCCUGCUUUUGA